AUGACAAAAUACGAUGUAGUCUUUCAUGGCUUUGUCGCAAGAUUGACAAAUAAAGAAGCUAAAAAGUUCACCAAAGUGCCGGGAGUUUUGGCUAUUUUAGCAGACAAGGUCGCAGUAAAGUUAGACACUACCCGUUCCCUAGAAUUUCAUGGUCUGAAUUUGGACUAUGGCCCGUGGCCAGAGACCAACUUUGGUGAGAAUGGUAUAAUUGGCCUAGUGGAUUCUGGAAUUUUGCCAGAGAGUGAUAGCUUGAAUGACAUUGUGAUUCGGCCAAUACCCUCUAGGUGGAAAGGUGCAUGUGAACAGGACUGA